CACAUAAGGCAUCAAACAUAAGAACACCAUUUUUGGCACAAACAACCUUAAUAAUAAUAAGAAUAAGAAUAAGAAUAAUGUCUACCUUCAAUCUCUCUUACUCUUCCUCACUACCCCUCACAUCUCCCCGGGAAACCAAUCAUUUCAAAAGAGUCAAUGAUUUUCCACAUGUCAGAUUGAACUAUAAGUUUCCUUCAAGUCACAAUGCUGUUUGUAGAGUUAAAUCUACAUUGGUAUCUGGAGGGGGUGAUGUAUUUUCUUAUUCAAAUACCAAUGAUGUUGUCACAGGUAAAGAUCUGGUUGUUGAUGAAUCUAUUGAUAUUAAGGAACAACCUAAUGGAACAUCCAUUGUUUUCUCUGUUGAUAACAAUGAAUAUGAUUUGGAUAGCCCCUCAGAAGGUUUUGCUUCUAUCCCUGAGGCCAUUGAAGACAUUCGACAGGGAAAGAUGGUAGUGGUAGUUGAUGAUGAAGAUAGAGAAAAUGAAGGAGAUUUGAUAAUGGCAGCACAAUUGGUAACACCUGAAGCUAUGGCUUUUAUAGUGAAACAUGGAACAGGCAUAGUUUGUGUAAGCAUGAAAGAAGAAGAUCUUGAUAGAUUGGAACUUCCUUUGAUGGUGGACAGUAAGGAUAAUGCUGAAAAACUUCGCACAGCAUUCACUGUGACUGUGGAUGCUAAAGAUGGUACUACCACAGGGGUGUCAGCUCAUGAUAGAACAACUACAGUUUUAGCCCUUGCAUCGAGAGAAUCGAGUCGAGGUGAUUUCAAUAGGCCAGGUCAUAUAUUCCCACUAAAAUACAAAGAUGGUGGUGUGUUGAAGAGAGCUGGACAUACAGAAGCAUCAGUUGAUCUUGCCAUACUUGCUGGUUUGGAUCCAGUGGCAGUUCUAUGUGAGGUUGUAGAUGAGGAUGGUUCCAUGGCUAGAUUACCUAUGCUUCGCCAGUUUGCAAAGCGUGAGAAUUUGAAAAUAGUAUCUAUUGCUGACUUGAUAAGAUAUAGAAGAAAGAUAGAUAAAUUAGUGGAACGUUCUGGUGCUGCAAGAAUACCUACAAUGUGGGGGCCAUUCAGUGCAUACUGUUAUAAGUCUGUGUUAGAUGGGAUUGAGCAUAUUGCAAUGGUUAAGGGUGAGAUUGGAGAUGGAGAAGAUGUAAUAGUGAGGGUACACUCAGAGUGUUUGACAGGAGACAUAUUUGGUUCUGGAAGAUGUGACUGUGGAAAUCAGCUAGCACUUGCAAUGCAACAAAUAGAGGAUUCAGGUAGAGGUAUACUUGUAUAUCUACGUGGACAUGAAGGAAGGGGUAUUGGUUUAGGACACAAACUAUGUGCAUAUAACCUACAAGAUCAUGGACUUGAUACAGUUGAAGCCAAUCAAGAAUUGGGAUUGCCUGUUGAUUCUAGGGAGUAUGGCAUUGGAGCACAGAUACUGAAGGAUCUAGGUGUUCAAUCUAUGAAGUUGUUGACAAACAAUCCAUCAAAAUAUGUUGGCCUCAAAGGUUAUGGUUUAACUCUUUCUGGUAGGAUUCCAUUGUUAACUCUCAUCACAUCAGAGAAUAAGAGAUAUUUGGAGACCAAACGCCUCAAAAUGGGACAUGUCUAUGAAGAUAUCAACAAUACAGAUCAAUCCAAAAAGUGAUACUUCCAUUUCUUUGAUUUUCUUCAACAAGGCAGUGCUAAAUUUAAAUUACACUUCAUUCUCAAACUUUUAGUGUCAUUCAAUUAUAGAUGAGGCCAAUGCCAGCUUAGUCUUGCAAAUUACUUCCUCCUCUCAUCUAUUGUGAAUCAAAUUAUUUAUUAUUUUA